AUGAGGUCAGAGAAGUCCCUGACGCUGGCGGCUCCGGGAGAGGUCCGGGGACCAGAGCAGGAGCAACAGGAUGCCGGAGACUUCUCCGAGGCCGGCGCGGGCGGCGGCUGCUGCAGCAGCGAGCGCCUAGUGAUCAACAUCUCCGGGCUGCGCUUCGAGACGCAGCUGCGCACCUUGUCACUGUUUCCGGACACGCUGCUUGGAGACCCCGGCCGCCGCGUCCGCUUCUUCGACCCCUUGCGCAACGAAUACUUCUUCGACCGUAACCGGCCCAGCUUCGACGCCAUCCUGUACUACUACCAGUCCGGGGGCCGUCUGCGCAGGCCCGUCAACGUGCCGCUGGACAUCUUCUUGGAGGAGAUCCGCUUCUACCAGCUCGGGGAUGAGGCUUUGGCCGCUUUCCGGGAGGACGAGGGCUGCCUGCCUGAGGGAGGCGAGGACGAGAAGCCGCUGCCCUCUCAGCCCUUCCAGCGCCAGGUGUGGCUGCUCUUUGAAUACCCAGAGAGCUCUGGCCCAGCCAGAGGCAUCGCCAUCGUCUCGGUGCUGGUCAUCCUCAUCUCCAUCGUCAUCUUUUGCCUGGAGACCCUGCCCCAGUUCCGCGCCGACGGUCGCGGAGGAGGCAAUGGUGGUGGGGCUGUGAGUGGCGGUGGGGGUGGCGGCUCUCUGAUUUCCAGGGGCAGCCAGGAGGAAGAGGAGGAUGAAGAAGAGUCUUAUGCAUUCUCCCCGGGCCUCGCCCCUGGGGCAAUGGGGACAGGAGGCUCCGCCUCGCUCAGCGCUCUGGGAGGCUCCUUCUUCACUGACCCCUUCUUCCUUGUGGAGACGUUGUGCAUCGUCUGGUUCACGUUCGAACUCCUCGUGCGCUUCUCUGCCUGCCCCAGCAAACCUGCCUUCUUCCGAAACAUAAUGAAUAUCAUCGACCUGGUGGCCAUCUUCCCCUACUUCAUCACCCUGGGCACCGAGUUGGUGCAGCAACAUGAGGCAGCCAGCGGCGGGGGUGGGCAGAACGGGCAGCAGGCCAUGUCUCUGGCCAUCCUCCGGGUGAUCCGCCUGGUGCGCGUCUUCCGCAUCUUCAAGCUCUCCCGUCACUCCAAGGGGCUGCAGAUCCUGGGCAAGACCCUGCAGGCCUCCAUGCGAGAGCUGGGGCUGCUCAUCUUCUUCCUCUUCAUCGGUGUCAUCCUCUUCUCCAGCGCCGUCUACUUCGCAGAGGCUGAUGACGACGACUCGCUUUUCCCCAGCAUCCCAGAUGCCUUCUGGUGGGCGGUGGUCACCAUGACCACGGUGGGCUAUGGGGACAUGUAUCCCAUGACCGUGGGGGGCAAGAUCGUGGGCUCACUGUGCGCCAUCGCUGGGGUCCUCACCAUCGCGCUGCCUGUGCCAGUCAUCGUCUCCAACUUCAACUACUUCUACCAUCGCGAGACAGACCACGAAGAGCAAGGCCAGUAUACCCACGUCACCUGUGGGCAGCCUGCACCGGAUCUCAAGGCCACUGACAAUGGACUUGGCAAACCUGACUUCCCGGAAGCCACCCGGGAGCGCAGGCCUAGCUACCUUCCCACUCCACAUCGGGCCUAUUCUGAGAAAAGGGUGCUUACUCAGGUUUGA